CGUGGUAUCGUGUCUGUUGCGAUAAACAAAGAUUUGUAUUCAUUAUGCCGCCUAAAGCUAGUGGUAAAGCUGUUAAAAAAGCUGGUAAAGCUCAGAAGAACAUUAGUAAGUCUGAUAAAAAGAAGAAGCGUAAGAGGAAGGAAAGCUAUGCUAUUUACAUCUACAAAGUACUUAAACAAGUACAUCCAGAUACUGGAAUCUCCAGUAAAGCCAUGAGUAUUAUGAACAGUUUCGUCAACGAUGUUUUUGAACGAAUUGCCGCGGAAGCAUCGAGAUUAGCUCAUUACAAUAAACGUUCGACAAUAACUUCUCGAGAAAUUCAAACUGCAGUGCGUUUGUUGUUACCUGGUGAGCUCGCAAAACACGCUGUUAGCGAAGGUACUAAAGCUGUGACCAAAUACACAAGCUCAAAAUAAGUGAUAAUGAUUAAUAUCAUGGAAUUAUAAAACCGGCCCUUUUUAGGGCCACCAAA